UAAACCGUCAGCGUCUGUUGUGACAUACUACCUUGGAAACAAAGCGUUUGUGUUUCAUUCUCGCAGUCACAUUAAAACGUUUAUCUUAAGUAGUAUUGUUUUAUUUGUAGAAGGACAAAACAACAACUGAACAGCUAGUGUUUUAAACUCUAAUCAGCCUACACAGGCUUCUUAAAAGAUGGCGACAGCCGACGACUCUCGAUACUAUAGUGAACAUGAUGACCGUGUUGGAGUACCAAAGCAUCGCAACCGUAAAGGCCGAGGUCCUUUCAGAGCACCCAUGUACAGUGAUCAGAUGUCCAGGCCAAAGCAUCGAGGUGGUCAUGGGGGCGGCGGAGGGCCUGGUCCCAGGUCAAGAUUGCCAGACGAUGAUGGAGAUGUAACCAUGUCAGACACUCCCCAAGACAACAGCUCACAGCGCAACAGAUUUAAUCCAUACGGCCGCCCAUCAAAUCGGCGUGAUGAGCGUAAUCGCAGAGGAGGCAGAGGAGGUGGAAAUGGGGGAGAAUAUGGGGGUCACAGAAAUCAUGGAUCCAGAGGGGGUGGAGGAAGUGGUAGUGAUGGAAACCGCAAGAGCUGGUUUAAAAUGACUAUUCCUUUCGGCAAAAAAUAUGACAAAGAUUGGCUUCUGUCUGCACUUCAGAACCUCUGUUCCAUGCCAUUCCACGCCGUUCAUUAUCACACUGAAGGCAACAAGGCCCAGUUUUACAUUGAAGAUUCCACAACUGCUAACGCUUUGGGGAAAGUGUCAAGAAAAAUAACCGAUAAAGAUGGCUAUAAGGUUACUGUUAUUAUGAAUAGCUGUCCACCCCCCACUAUGAUCCACACUGAUCUGAAGCCUGAGGAUCUGGAACAUUUGAAGCAAUGCAUGUCGAAGCGCUUCGAUGGAUCCCAGCAGUCCCUCGAUCUGAACAACAUCAGAGUUGAUCCAGAUCUAAAUGCUCUAAAUGUUGAGGUCACUUUGAAUCGGAAGAACUCCAUGCAGGCGGUCAUCAAAAUCAUUGAAGAGAACAUUCCAGAGCUGGUUUCUCUGAACCUGAGCAACAACAGGUUAUUCAGGCUGGAUGACUUGGCUGAAAUUGUCAGCAAAAUACCCAACCUGAAAAUGCUCAAUCUCUCACACAAUGAGCUGAAGACAGAGAGAGAACUCGAUAAACUCAAAGGUCUGAAGCUGGUGGAAAUCUUAUUGGUGGGGAAUCCUAUGUGCAACCACUUCAAGGACAAUGCGGACUAUGUCAGUGCCGUCCGGGAACGAUUCCCCAAGCUGCUCAAACUGGAUGGACUUGAUCUUCCACCCCCUAUUGGCUUUGACUUGGAGGUUCCUCCUGCAACUCUACCGGCCUGCAAGGCCAGUUUCUUCGGCUCAGAGGAGUUGAAGAGCAUCAUUCUUAGCUUCCUGCAAACGUAUUACAACGUAUAUGACUCUGGAAACAGACAACCCCUGCUGGAGGCCUACCAUGAUGGGGCAAAUUUUUCGCUUGGCAUUCCCUUCUCAUUGCAGAACCCAGCAAAAAGCAGUUUAGGGGAGUAUCAGAAAGAUAGCCGCAACAUCAAGCGAUUGAAAGACCCCUCUACACGGUUUCGUUUGCUGAAGCACACGCGAUUGAACGUGGUGGCCUUCCUAAACGAACUCCCCAGGACUCAGCACGACGUGGCCUCCUUCAACGUAGAUGUCAACACUUACACAAAUACACUAUUGGCUUUUACAGUUACUGGAGUUUUCAAAGAGGUGGAAGGCAAAUCUCGAGACUCCUUUAGGGCAUUCUCUCGAGUGUUUAUUGCUGUGCCUGCUGGAAACGCAGGUUUGUGCAUCGUUAAUGAUGAGCUGUAUGUUCGGAACGCCACUACAGAAGAAAUACGUCGUGCAUUUGUUGCACCAGCUCCCACGCCAUCCAGUAGUCCUGUGCCCACUCUGUCUGCCCCCCAACAGGAAAUGCUCGCUGCCUUCUCACUAAAGUCAGGCAUGAAUCUGGAGUGGUCCCAAAAAUGCUUACAAGACAAUGAAUGGGAUUUUGAGAGAGCUGCUCAGAUUUUCGCUGGCCUUAAGGCCCAUGGGAAAAUCCCAGAUGUUGCGUUUGUGAAAUGAAUGAGUGAUUGUUGGAGUUUUAACUGUGUUGUCAUGUCCAUGAUAUGACCAGUAAAAGUACUUGCUCACUGCUUUUUGUUGUUCUACUUUACUGCCUUUAUGAUUUUAUUAUGUCCACUGUAAUUUAGACUGUGUUUGACAGUGGUUCAACUUCAACUGAAAUAAAAAAGAGAAAUAAA